AUGGAAGUGCAGCCGCAAUCCACCUUGCCGGAGAACAUCUCCGACGACGACGACGACACAGGCAUCCACCGUUCAUAUCUCUGCAUCUUCUGCAAGCGAGGCUUCUGCACAGCACAAGCCUUAGGUGGUCACAUGAACAUCCAUCGCAAAGAUAGAGCUAACAUCUUGAGACAGAAAGAGCUAAAAGAAAAGUAUAGUUAUAAUCCUUCUCUAGUUUCUUACACUUCUUCUGAGGUAUGGAUGAAGAAUUAUAAUAUAGGUUUAAAGAGGAAACCUAAUGAGUUAUGGCUGUUUGGAGAUGAUGGUGGAAAGAGAGGAAGAAUGGGUGGAGUAAAUAUGGCGAUGGAGAGAGUUGAGGAGAAAGGAGGAGGAUUGGAUUUGGAGCUUAGACUUGGUCUUCAGCCUUCCAUGUGA